CAUUGCGUCAGGAGGUCGCAAGAACAUUGCACAAUGUAGAAUCACAAGGUGUGAGUGAAUGUGCGCAAUGCCUCUUUCAUUUCAGCUCCGCUUCAUCGCUUACGCCGUAAAGGUGUUCCGUUUCUCUGGACGACGGAAUGCGAACGCGCCUUUCGCCAGUUGAAAUCGGCGUUGCUUUCUAAUACUUGCCUUACGCCAUUCGAUCCCCAGAAACCCCUUUUGUUGAUGGUAGAUGCAUCGGAUUUCGGGAUCGGUGCUGUGCUUGCGCACAAAGUUGGCUCCCAUUAUCGCCCUAUUGCCUUUGCGUCCAAAUUGCUCUCGUCUGCGCAAAGAAAUUAUUCACAGAUAGAGAAAGAAGCUUUGGCUCUCGUGUUUGGUGUUACUAAGUUCCAUGAUUUCUUGUAUGGUCGUCACUUUACCAUCAUCACAGACCACAAACCUUUGACAUCGCUUUUUCGUCCGACCAAGCCUGUACCUCCACGUACAGCGCAGAAAUUCAUUCGCUGGUCUAUUUUCCUCUCGCAGUACCGCUACGAUAUCUUGUAUCGGUCCACUGCUAAGCACGGAAACGCCGAUGCGUUGUCCCGUUUGCCUGUUGCUGAGGAUAAAGCAUUCGAUUCUUCCGAACUUGCUUGCAUGUUCAUUGAUUCGGAAACCGAUGAAGUGGUCGAAUCGUUUCCGAUUGAUUUUCGUCGUGUCGCUACAGCCACAGCUGCUGACCCUGUCCUUGCUACUGUUUUGCGUUUUGUUGCUACGCAAUGGCCUUUGUCAAAGUCUCGGAUCGAGGAUCCGUUGGUUCGCCGAUUUUUUGCUCACAAGGAGAGACGUUUUGUUCGACGUGGUGUUUUGUUGUUGCGUUCUGAUAAAGAUCAGUCCAGAGUCGUGGUCCCACGUUCGUUACAGUCCUCUGUUUUACGGCUUCUUCACCAAGGACAUUGGGGUAUAGUGCGAACGAAACAACUUGCUCGUCAGCACUGUACUUGGUUCGGAAUCGAUGCUGCGAUUACGAAUAUGUGUUCUUCGUGCCCGGCGUGUGCCGAACAACAGUCCGCACCAUCGCGGAAAGUCUUUGCGUGGCCAAACGCCACUUCCCCUUGGCAACGCUUGCACAUUGAUUUUGCUGGUCCAUUCUGGAAUGCUCGAUGGUUGGUUCUGGUCGACGCCUUCAGUAAUUUUCCUUUUGUUGUCCGGAUGUCUUCCACGACGUCCUCCGCACCAUCCAAGCGUUGUCUGCUAUCUUUUGCAUUGAAGGUCUUCCGCAGACUAUUGUUUCCGACAAUGGCCCACAAUUCAGGUCCGCAGAAUUUCAGUCAUUCUGCCAGGCCAAUGGUAUUCAACAUCUGACAUCCGCGCCGUUUUCGCCUCAGUCCAACGGUGCAGCUGAACGAUUGGUCCGGACUUUCAAGUCACAGAUGUUGAAAUUGAAAGAGUCGCAUUCUCGGGAGGACGCAUUGUUGCUCUUUUUGUCUUCGUAUCGCUCUCAGCCCCGAGAUGGUCGCUCGCCGGCUGAGUUGCUCCAUGGUCGUCCUCAUCGCACCUUGAUGUCUUUGCUGCAUCCGCCGCAUCAGGUUCCUGUGCAGCGGCAGACUCCUGCUUUUGCUCCUGGCGACGUUGUAUUUUAUCGCAACUAUCGAGGUUCACGGCGUUGGCUCGCAGGGCGCAUUCUUCGCUGCCUCGACCGCGCGAUGUAUUUGGUUUUGGGGGCCUCUGGUGAGGUGCGUCGGCAUCUCAAUCAGCUGCGCCUCUGUCGUCGCACGGGUUCUGCCGCUCCCCGUCUGCUUUCAGCGACGGUGCCGUCCGGUCAGCGCCCUGGGGACCCAUCUACUGGCUCGCCUCAUCCCCAGGUGUUACCGACGAUGCCUUCCAUUUUGCCCCAU